AUGGCUUCUCCUCGUGAUCAACUACUUAUAACAUUAUCUGAAGCGGCUUCGCAACAACCUGAACAAAUAAAGGUAGCCGAGGAGCGACUUAAGCAAUGGGAGAUAGCGCCAGAGUUUUAUUCCACUCUGUUGGAUAUUAUCUUUGACAGAUCAAUUGAUGUUAAUAUCAGGUUUCUUGGAGCAAUAUUUUUCAAGAAUGGUGUGGAUCGAUAUUGGCGUAAAACUUCGAAACACGCCGUCAAUCCCAAUGAAAAGGCCAAGAUUAGAAAUAGGCUUUUAUCUUUUAUGGACGAAGCGCAUAAUCAAGUUAGUAAUGCUGGCAACACAGUGUGCUGUGAUAGUAUCAAAAAUUGCACGACUAGAUUAUCCCAAUGA